CUUUGGCUUGUUCUAGAUCUAGCGACUUGGGACGCUUGCUCACAGGAGAUUCUCCAUUCUCGUAAGAACAGCCCACCGUCACUAGCAACAUGCCAAAUUGCCAAUGACAAUAUCAUAAGCUGCAUCCAGGUCGGAGAUGCCCACACAGCCACCAACACGUACCCAACUCCCACGCAGCUCGGUUCAGUAAAAGCUACUAGCAGUAGUGGGCGGUGGUUGGCACAUCGCAGUUGAUACGGAGGCGUAGCGUAGGCUGUACUGGUUCUCCCGCGUCGGCGUCGACGGCCGUGUCCUUCUCGGGAAGAUGGUAAUGGGGGCCGCGUCCGUCGGCACGCUGCUCGUCGCGCUCGCCGUCCUCGCUCCGGCGGUGAUGACGCAGAGCUGCGACGACGAGCUGCCGGCUCAGCUCGCCGGCAACUUCUCGGGGCUCGCCUGCGCCCCCGUCUGGAACAGCUUCGUGCUCCGGUACGCGCAGGACAAGGACAACGUGCUGCGGGUGGUGCUGUCGACCAUGUACAGCACGGGGUGGGUGGGGAUGGGGUUCUCCAAGAACGGCCUCAUGGUGGACUCCAGCGCCAUGGUGGGGUGGAUCGGCAAGACGGGGCUCCCGCACAUCAAGCCGUUCUCGCUGCGGGGCAAGACCCCCUCCCAGGUGGUCGCGGACCAGGGCUUCCUCGUCUCCAGCGACAACCACAAGCCCACCGUGCUCGUGCAGCAGGCCAAGAUCUACCUCGCCUUCCAGCUCAGCUUCACCGAGCCGCUCAGGCGCCAGAACGUGCUCCUCGCCGUCGGCUCCGCCAUCCCCGUCAACGACCGCCUCGCCGAGCACCAGGAUAAGACCUCCAUCGUAUUCGAUUUCACCACAGGCAGCUCAUCAGGCUCGUCAUCCUUCCCGGAAGGUCUGAAAAGGACCCAUGGGGCGCUCAACCUGUUCGCCUGGGGCGUGCUACUGCCGAUCGGCGCCAUCGUCGCAAGGUACUGCAGGAGAUGGGACCCUCUGUGGUUCUACCUCCACGCCGGCAUCCAGUUCGUGGGGUUCAUCCUGGGCCUAGCCGGCGUCGUGGCUGGAGUAUCCUUGUACAGCAAGAUCCAGGCCGACGUCCCCGCGCACAGGGGCCUUGGCAUAUUCGUGCUCGUGCUUGCCAUUUUGCAGAUCCUGGCGAUUUUCCUGAGGCCCAACAAGGACUCCAAGUACCGCAAGUUCUGGAACUGGUACCACCACUGGGUCGGCAGGCUCGCCCUCUUCUUUGCAGCCAUCAACAUUGUGCUCGGGAUCAAGGUCGGCGGAGCAGGCAACUCUUGGAAGAUCGGCUACGGUUUCAACCUGGCCGUCCUUCUGAUCACCAUCGUCACCCUGGAAGUCCUGCUCUGGACGAGGUGGAAAAACAGCACCGGUUCCACGGGGGCAUAUUAGCUACUUAACCGAUUUUUAUAGGUGUUUGUGAUGGUCAGUGAAGGAGGUUCGUAUUCUUUUGUUCGAAUAUUUUCGCGUGUAUGCAGUUGCUGUAAUGUCCGCGUUUGCUGCGUGAUGUGUUUUCCUUUUGGUGCAUGUGUCCUGGACUUGCCGUUCCGAUGCCUUUUGUGCUGCUCGGAAUGGAGAUGGAAUGAUGAUUUCCGCAAUUCCGCCGCAUUUCCCAUGCUGCGAAUGGUGGUAGAUCUGGUAUAUUCUGUUGUG